AAAUUUCAAUCGCAGAGACGUGAGUUGCACUGAACUGCGUGGUGGAGCCGAACCUGACGUGGCAAAAUAUAAGUGGUAUUGUUCGAAAGCGCCAUUCAUCUGCGGGAACUGCGACGGAAAACUGAAAAAGACUGCCUUCUUUAUGUUAGGGUUUUAGCACUUCCCGAAUCCUAAAUCUUAACAUGUCAAAAACGCAGGAGAAAGAAGAAGACGAAGAAUUCAGAGCUCAGUUGACGCACUUGGAGGAGUCUGUGGAAGACCAUCCUGAAGACCCCUCUCUACGUUUUAAUCUCGGACUCCUACUGUGGGAGAAAGGAGGUCAGUUCAAGGAAUUCAAGGAAAAAGCCGCCGAACAUUUUGUUAUUUCGGCCAAAUUGAAUCCUCACAAUGCAGCUGCUUUCGCAUAUUUGGGCCAUUACUAUUCUCGCUUUACCGCUGAUUCUCAGAGGGCUCUUAAGUGUUACGAGAGGGCUAUCACCCUUAACCCUGAUGAUUCUGAGUCUGGGGAAUCCCUCUGUGAUAUGUUGGACCAUUCUGGAAAGGAGACCUUGGAGCAGGCAGUGUGUGGGGAAGCCUCAGAAAAGUCACCCAGGGCCUUUUGGGCUUUCCGUAGAUUGGGUUACCUCCAUCUCCACCACCGCAGAUGGUCGGAGGCCGUUCAGAGCCUUCAACACGCAAUUCGAGGUUAUCCGACCUGUGCUGAUUUAUGGGAAGCUCUGGGUCUAGCCUACCAGCGACUUGGCAUGUUUACUGCUGCUACUAAGUCCUACGGGCGGGCCAUUGAGUUGGAUGAUACCAGAGUCUUUGCUUUGGUUGAAAGUGGAAAUAUCUUCUUGAUGAUUGGUUCCUUCAGAAAGGGAGUUGAGCAGUUUCAGCGUGCACUCGAGAUUUCACCUCAAAAUGUGUCUGCAAACUAUGGGCUUGCUUCUGGACUCCUUGGUUUGUCAAAGGAAUGUAUGAAUUUGGGUGCAUUCAAAUGGGGAGCAUCAUUAUUAGAGGAUGCAGGGAAAGUUGCAGAAGUAAAUGGUCAGUUGGCUGGAAAUGUUUCUUGUAUCUGGAAGUUGCAUGGUGACAUCCAACUCACCUAUGCAAAAUGUUUUCCCUGGACGAAAGGGGACCAUAGUGCAGAAUUUGAUGUGGACACUUUUGAAGCUUCCAUCUUUUCCUGGAAGCAAACCUGUCAUUUGGCUGCUAUGUCUGCAAAAAGGUCUUAUCAACGGGCUCUGCAUUUGGUCCCAUGGCAAGCUAACCUCUAUAUUGAUAUUGGAAUAACAUUGGAUCUCAUUUCUUCUAUGAAUGAAAAUUAUGGGCUUGACUUGUAUCCUUGGCAGCUAUCAGAGAAGAUGGCUUUGGGGGGAUUGUCACUUGAGGGUGACAAUUAUGAGUUCUGGCUGGCACUAGGGUGUUUAUCUGGACAUAAUGCAAUGAAACAGCAUGCUUUGAUCAGGGGAUUGCAACUGGAUGUAUCAUCAGCUGUUGCUUGGUCAUAUCUGGGGAAGCUUUAUAGAGAAGAAGAUGAGAAGAAGUUGGCAAGACAAGCAUUUGAUUGUGCUAGAAGUGUAGAUCCCUCACUUGCACUGCCGUGGGCAGGAAUGGCCGCUGAUGCUAAUGCUAGGGAGCCCACAACAGACGAGGCUUUUGAGAGCUGCUUACGAGCUGUGCAAAUAUUUCCUCUUGCGGAAUUCCAAGUUGGUCUGGCUAAGCUUGCUUUGCUUUCGGGGAACCUUGCAUCUUCACAGGUACUUGGAGCUAUCCAGCAGGCAGUCCUGCGUGGCCCUCAGUAUCCUGAAUCUCAUCAUUUGAAAGGGCUAGUUUGUGAGGCACGGUCUGAGUAUGAAGCUGCUGUUGCUUCAUAUAAGCUAGCACGCUGUGCAAUCAACAUUUCACCAGGCACUGCUUCAAAUGCUCACCUCCGGGAUAUAGCAGUUAACUUGGCCCGAUCUCUUUGUAGGGCAGGGUAUGCUGCAGAUGCUGUUGAAGAAUGCAAAUACUUGAGGAAAGAAGGUGUCCUUGAUGCGGAAGGCAUACAGAUAUAUGCUUUCUCACUAUGGCAACUUGGUAAGUGCGAUCUUGCCCUCUCGUUGGCAAGGGAUCUGGUUUCCAGUGCCAGUUCAUUGGAGAAAACAUCUGCAGCCGUUUCUGUCAGUUUCUUCUGCAGAUUGCUUUAUUACAUUUCUGGACUAGAUUCAGCAAUUUCUAGCAUUUUGAAAAUGCCAAGGGAACUGUUUGAGAACUCAAAAUUCAGCUUUAUACUGUCUACUAUACAUGCUCUUGACCAGAGUAAUAGGCUUGAAUCAGUUGUUUCAACCAGUCGUUACUUCAUUGUAUCUCAUGAAGAUGUCACUGGAAUGCAUUGCUUAAUAGCACUUAGUAAAUUGGUGAAGCAUGGAUCAGAUUCUUGCCUUGGAUAUCAGGAUGGAAUUAGUUACCUUAAGAAAGCCCUUCACAAGUACCCCAACAGUAAAUUAAUGAGGAACUUGCUCAGUCACCUUUUGCUAUCCACCGAGGAAGGGGAACAUACUCAUGUAGCAAGUAGGUGCUGCAUUAUAGAUUCCUCCUACUAUGGCAGUAAAGUAGGUCUAAAGUCUGGGUGGGAGCUCCUUGGUGCCGGUUCAGUUGCUUGCUAUGCAAUUGGCAAUAAAGAUCCAAAGUUCUCUUUCCCAACAUGUGGUUAUCAAUGUAUGAAAGGACCUGGAGCCAUUCGAGAACUCCAGAAGUACUUGCGUCAGGAACCAUGGAAUCAUAACGCACGAUAUUUGCUAAUACUUAAUAUUUUACAGAAGGCACGUGAAGAGAGAUUUCCUCGGCAACUUUGUGUCAUACUCAAGAAACUACUUUCUGUGGCACUUUCCAAUGAGCUAUAUUCUAGAGAAAGCUUUUCAUAUCAAUAUCAAAAGUUUCAGCUUCUGCUAUGUCUUUCUGAAAUUAGUUUGCAAUGUGGGAAUCAAUCUGACUGUAUUGAGCAUGCUAGACGUUCUGUGUCCCUUUGUAUCCCUAAUAACUACCGUUUUUUUGGGCAUUUACUGUUAUGUCGAGCCUAUGCUGUUGAAGAAAACUUUGUAAAUCUUCAGGAAGAGUAUAUUAGAUGCCUGGAGAUCAAGACAGAUUAUCAUAUAGGAUUGAUAUGUCUUAAGAUCAUGGAAUCCCAAUACUACAUUGAAACUGAUUCAAAUAUCUCAGAGCUGAGUUUCAAGGAUUGUUUAAAGGAAUGGAAGAAUUCAUGGAAUAUGUGGGCGGCUGUAUUUAAUUUGGUUUUGGGUUUAAUAUCCAUAUGGAAUGAGGAUUUUUUAUCUGCUGAAGCAUUUCUUUCGCAAGCUUGUUUGCUGGCGGGCACUGACAGCUGUCUUUUUCUCUGUCAUGGUGCCAUCUGUAUGGAGCUUGCCAAAAUGUCAAGUAGCUACCAAAUUUUAUCAUUUGCUAUAAGGAGUCUUACCAAAGCUAAUACAAAUUCUAUCAUUCCAUUGCCUAUUGUGUCUUUAUUGAUGGCACAAGCAGAAGGGAGCCUUGGCUCUAAGCAGAAAUGGGAGAGGAAUCUUCGCCUUGAAUGGUAUUCUUGGCCACCAGAAAUGAGGCCUGCAGAACUGUUCUUUCAAAUGCAUUUGCUUGCACGUCGAUCAGAAGUGCAAAUUGACUCUUCAUCCAAUGUGGAAUUUUGUCAAAGCCCGCUGAAAUGGAUUCUACGGUCUAUUCAUACAAAUCCAUCUUGUUUGAGAUAUUGGAAGGUUUUACAGAAGAUUACAGAAUGAGUUGCACUCUAGCGAAAGACAAGGGUAAGAUGUGUAAUUUUUCAAGUGCUACUGUUAGUCUAGUUGAGAUUGUAGUUGGAAACGUAGUGAUAGUUUGUAUUUAGUUAAGCCUUAUUUUCGGGUUGUUGUACCUUAAUUUAUGUUGCUGUACCUGUUGUACAGAAACUUUGUUUCUGAAGUUUUCUGGAGUUGUCUUAUGAAAAGUGUAAGUAGCUUUAAAAAUUUUGUAUAAAAGCUUUCUUUUGUAACUUUUACAGCAGAUUAAUACCAGAUCAAUAGAGAAGUUUCUUCUUCAAA